AUGGCUGUAUCAGGAUUGGGAAGCAACGCCAAGUUGAUUCUACAGGCUCUACCGCUUAGAAAACCAAAAGCCAAGGCACCACCUCCUCCAGCUGAGACCAAACCCACUGAUGUCUCUUCAUUUGAUGGUUCUGUAGAAUCCUCGGCUUCCGUCAUGGAACAGAAAGAAAAUACAGAUAGAGACAUUGAACUGUCAGUGGUUCUGCCUGGAGAUGUUAUCAAGUCUACUACUGUUCAUGGCAGUCCUUUCCCACAGAAAACUGUGAGAGUAGUAAUCAAUUUCAAGAAAACACAGAAGACGAUAGUGAGAGUUAGCCCACACGUGUCGCUUCAAGAACUUGCCCCUGCUAUAUGCAGCAAAUGUGAGUUUGAUCCGUUACACACGCUGCUGUUGAAGGACUAUCAAUCUAAGGAACCUCUGGACUUGACCAAGUCCCUUAAUGACCUAGGUCUAAGAGAGCUGUAUGCCGUGGAUGUCAGCAGAGACACUUCUGGUACUGCCUUCAAUAAAUCAUCUUUACAAGAGCCCUGCCAAACGCCACAAACCCUAGAUUUGCUAAAGGAGAAAGAAAAUAAAGGGUUUUUCAGCUUUUUUCAACGCAGUAAGAAAAGGCGGGAUCAAACUGCAAGUGCCCCUGCAACCCCUCUAAUAAGUAAGCCUCGUCCGACUUUUACGAGGUCCAAUACCAUUUCCAAACAGUAUAUUUCAAACACCCUGCCAUCAGAUGCCCCCAAGAAGAGACGGGCUCCACUGCCUCCAAUGUCAUCAUCUCAGAGCGUGCCACAGGACCUUGCCCAGAGCCAGGAGGGGCCGGCUCCUUGUACCGUGAAAUCCACCAGUGUGGAGGAGACUGAGAAGGAUUCCUGUGGAGCAGGCGUGGUGAGGACAGACUCACUGCCUCUAAGCAGCAAGUCCCUGGGGAGCUCGUCUUUGAGAAGGACAAAGCGAAAAGCGCCAUCACCGCCCUCCAACGUGCCCUUGCCUCAAAGUGAUGAGAAUAGCCACAUGACAGUAGAAGCACCUCCUACAGAUAGCAUUUCGGAAGCAAGCUCUCCUGGAGAAUUAUCCAGCCCAGCUGGAAUCAGCUCUGAUUAUAGUCUUGAAGAGAUCGAUGAAAAGGAAGAACUGAGUGAAGCGCCUAAAGGCGAGGCUGGAGAUACUUCUCGGAAGUCAAAAGAUAGUCCUUUUGCAUCUGCUGAUGUAACCAAUGCUGUGAAACAUGAUCCCGACUCGGCCCUUGGCGGUGAUGCUGCAGAGACCUCUCAAAACUCCAAGGAAGAACAACAAGAAGCUAACGACCCAGAUGGACAAGAACCACACGUUGUGCUUAAUACAAGCCAUGCAGAGACAGCACUUGACAGUGUACAACCCCUGAAGCCAUUGGGCUCAAACCAACAGAAUGAUCAAAAUGAAGUAAUUCCCUUUCCAUUGAAAACAGAAGAUAAUAAGGAAAAUGGAGUGAGGAGGACAGAAAUGAAUGUAGCAUAUGUUGCCAAAACUAGCAACACAGAUGUAAAAGCUGACCGAUUAUCCAACCAUCAGGGUUGCAAAAGGGAUGCUGCUGCCAGUUACACGGAAGAUCACCUCGCAAUUUCAUCACUGCCAGAUCAAAAGCUGAAUCAACUCGCUGUCGAAAAGAUUAAGAUGCAAGAUGCAGCAAUUCAGACCACCCCUUCCUGUAACAGUUUUGAUGCGAAUCACCAGGAUCCUGAGUCGUCUGACUUCAGAGUUGAUGAAAGCGUGCAAACCUCAAAUAAUAGCAAAUCAGCUCAACACUCACCCGCAGAUCCACGAAAUUCUGUCGGUACUUCAAGAGAAUUCCAGAGUCAGGGCACCCUAAUUGAACAAGAAGACCAGCCAAUCAUAAAAGAUCCAUAUUGCAUACCCAUUAAUGAUGCUCUUGUGACUCCUGGGGUUGAUAAAAAUGCAAAUGCUUCUGAUCUAAAGAAUUAUCCGUUUUAUAGACCUAAGCCAAAACCCUCGAAUGAAAUUACAAGAUGUUAUACGCCUAAAAUUGGGAUGACGACUUAUAAAAUCGUGCCUCCCAAAUCCCUGGAGAUAGUAAAAGACUGGCCGUCAGAAACCAUCGAGUAUAAAGAUGGUCAGGACACGCAUCCUUUAGGAAAAAGGCACACAUCCGAGAAUGUGAAGGAAACUGCGAUCCAAACAGAAGAUCCUGGUGUCUCUGAAGGCCCAGAGAAACCACAGCCAGACCCCAAACCAAAGCCUAACCUGGGCACAGAGCCCCAGGUGCAGAGGGCCAGGAGCACGGCCGCCGGGGCAGCCACUGACCAUCUGAAACCAGUCCCCCGGGUGAUGAGAGACACGGUCGCAGCUCCGUUUGCACCGAGCUUGGAAGAUAUAAACAGUGUUCUGGAGGCCCAGCUUAAGUCUAGGCUUUCAAACCCUCAGGGCAAACCGAGCUCCUUUUUCCUGCAAAUGCAGAAACGGGUAGCCGGUCAGUAUGUGACCUCUGCAGCUGCCAAGAGUGCCCACGCUGCCCCUCAUCCAGCCCCAAAGGAAGCCACAAAUAAAGAGGUGGAAAGGAGUCCGCCGCUUUCUCCAGAAGCAGAUCCCCCUCGAUUAAGGAAGACAGCCCACCUUCCCCCACAGCCCCUCCUGCACAAGUCCGGCGAUGCCAUCAGCAGUCCGAAGCCUGCUGAACCCUCGCCUCCCGCGGUCGCUCCGAAGCCUGUGCUUCUCCCGGCUAGCCAGGCAGCAGCCCAGAAUUUGAAGACUUUGAAAACGUUUGGUUCGCCCCGACCAUUCUCGAGUUCUGCUCCUUCCCCGUUUGCCCUCGCCGUGGUCAAGCGGUCGCAGUCGUUCAGUAAAACCCGUUCGGUCCCCAAGGAGUCCGCCGGGCCUCCAGACAGCCCUCGGGACGCGCAGGCCGGGCCCGUGGGUCCGAGUGUGGACAUCCCGCAGCGUGGUGUGAUUGACAAGGAAAAUAAUUCUGUAUAUAAUGAACGGAAUUCCCAACUUCCAUCUCCAACUGACUGCCCGUCACUCACCCUUACGAGACAAAGUUCGGUAACAUUCCACAGCUCUGAUCCAGAACAGAUUCGACAGAGUUUGCUGAGUGCAAUCCGUUCUGGAGAGGCUGCUGCUCACUUGAAAAGGGUUACCAUUCCAGCACAUACAAUAUCAGUGAAUGGGAGAGCCAGAGUCAGCCAUCCCACAGCUCCUGACGCGGAGGAUGGCUAUUAGAUGCUGCCUGAUAAACUGCCCUUGACCGCCUCCACUGCACACACUGACUUGCUACUAACGGAGAAUGUUCGCAAAUGUAUAUUCAGAUAUGUACUAAUAUAUUGUCUAGUAAAGUAUAAGAAUUUUCUCUGUGGCUUUUACUGCCAAAAGAAUGAGAGUUUAUAAUUUAUAAUGGUUUUGUCUUUUGGUCUUCUUUGCCUUAAGAACUGAAUAUGCUGCUUAAGAAUGUAAGACAAGGUGUAAAUGACGUUUCCUUUUUUAAAUGAGAAAUCACCUUUUAUUGAUUUUUUUGUUAGUUAUUGACACAUACUCGACGAUGGUGACUUGGACAAAAGAAUAAGUUAAGAUUCGUAGACUUAUGUUUGUUUGACAUGCACAUUGCUAGAUAAACACAUUUGGCAUUUGUUGCCUCACUGUUACUGUUUAAUUGGAAACAUAAGUUAUCAUAAAGUCUGUUUUGUGCUGGAAGAAUGAUCCAGAAAAUUAGUAAUAUCAAAUAAGUGUAUUCAGUUCAGCAGUUAUUUUUAAUUGUAAAUCAGUUAGUAUGCAAGAUGUUAUUUGUAUGUUUUUUAUGUAAUUGCAAGAUCACUGUCAAAUUCACGGGCUGCUCAUUGUGGAUUAAUAUUUUAUUAACACGGAACACUUUGUUUUUUAAUCUUUAGAACUCAAAUGCACAAGGAGACUUUUAAAUGUUUUCUGAAUAUAAUGACGACAUUAUUGUCACCCAGCUAUUACACAUGCUAUGUGCCAGAGCCUUAAAAAUCUUCCUGUGAAAAUGUUGAUAUAUUGUGACAGUUGUCUCACAUUCAGUAUGUAGAGAGGAAUAGGGCUUAGUUUAUGUCCAUAUUGGAAAAAUUUAAAGACUCUUUGGAAAUUCAAGAAAUACUGGUUUUAAUUCACAUAAAAUUAUAAAGUUAUUAUGCUAAUAUGUUCAGAUGCUGAUAGUCUAAAUAAUAAUAUAUAUUUACAUUAAAGCUCAAACUUAAGGAAAACAGUGCCUGGCUUGUUGACGUAUAUUCUGUGUCUAGAGUGUGUUGGCGUUUUAGCCCUAUUUGCUUAAUUGUUCGCUUCCUCUAAGAGCUGGUAUGACAAAUGGAAUUUGCAGUAAAAUAGGGUUUCACUAAAGCUACUGAAAUAUCUGCCUCUUUGGAACAUGUGCUGCUUUUUUUCCUCCUGUUUAAUAAAAGCAAACGGUAUAA